AUUUUUGGUGCGCUUGUGCACUGAACCGAUAAAUAUAUAGUACUUAUAUUUUAUUAUAUAUAAUUAAUUUAAAUUAUAGUAAUUUUAUAAUGGUUAACCCUAAAACUAACAAUCUGAAAAAUUCAUGCACCGCGCUCCCCCACUCCUCCUAGGCGGCCUCUGACCUCUCUUCCCACUUCCGAUCUGUGAGCUGCCAGCGACUGCCCGCCGUCCGCGACAGCCCAGCCGGCCAGCCCCCUUCCCGGCUCCCCCUUCCGGCGCGGCCCGUCCCAGCAUCCCCCGGUCCCCCACUUCCGGCGAGGAACAGCAGUCAGCAGCAGCUUCUUCUUCCGCGUGGAGGUAGAAUUUGAAUACCUUAACAUUAUUUUGAAGCAAUGACCUCAAACCACAGCCAAUGAAGCUUCCUGUUCCUGUGAUUGAGGUUUUGACAGAAGGAAUAAGUCUCGAAUAGUAAAAUCUUGACUGUGAUUCGGUUGAAGACUUGAAGGAGUAGAAUAUGGUUUCCAUUUGCUAAACUUUGAUGCAGAAAAUUUGGGGGUUAGGGAUUUGCUUCUCCUCAGAAGCAAAAUCAAUCUGUUUUCAAUCAUGGUGAAACACCUAUUUGCGCACUGAAUAUGUGGAAUUAUGCCUGCAAACUUAACCGAGUCACAGCUAGCAUCAGUGGUCGAGCUGACCUGCUAGAACACAAGUAAAAUCAGUUCUGAAAAAAAUGGACCGAACCGAAACCGAUAAUCGAUUUGACGGUUCGGUUUCGAUUCGGUUUGACACCUCCCAUCUGUGCGGUUUUGCACCGAACCGAUGCUCACCCUACUCUCUUCUCACUCUCGUCUCUACUAUCUAUCCCUCGCAUUGCUCUCUCCGCCUCUCUCUCUUUCGUCUCCGCGCCGCCGUCAUCGUAUUCGCCCCACCUCCUCCGUCCGCAGCAGUGGCCUCCGUCCAACAGGCAACAGCAGAUUUCGGAUGGACAAUAUAGUGGAUUCCUUGACUAGUGCCCAUCAAGAGUUCAUUUCUGCAGCAGCUAGUACAUUGGAGGCAAAAGAGAACUCGGGUGGUCAAAAAACUCCUGCCACUGAUGCUGCACUAGAGAAUUUCAAGCAACGGUGGGAGCUGUUCCGAGUUGCUUGUGAUCAAGCAGAAGAAUUUGUAGAAUCUGUAAAGCAAAGAAUUGGGUCCGAGUGUCUUGUGGAUGAGGCUACUGGCUCUGUCGCUCCUAAACCUGGACAGCCUGCUCCAAGUGGUCUUCCACCAAUAAGUGCUGUUCGCUUGGAGCAAAUGAGUAAAGCUGUUAGAUGGCUGGUGAUUGAACUGCAACAGGGGUCUGGGCUUGGAGGUGGUACAUCACAUCCUAACUCUGCUGCCCCUUUUGAUGCUAGAUUUACUGAAGAUGCUGCUCAAUAGGUAUUGCAACAAUUUGUUUGGUGUACUGAAUUCAGAACUGUUGCUAAAUACAAGUUGUAUCUUGUCCUACAAAGAAGUGCUUUUACUCUCAACUUUAAGUGAAAUGCCUAUUAUUUUUGUGAUAUCAAA